UUGUCAUCUAUUUAUGUGAAUUUUACAAUCAAUUCUAAUGUUUCAUUUGGUUUUAUCCACCUGAUUUUACCAAAUACAAGUAGUAUUACAUUCUAUAUUUCUUUGAAUGGGCGAGGUUCAACCAUGGGGAAUCCACCUCGAGCUAUUAACGUGAUCGUCCAACAGCUUCACAGUGCACUUACUUCAAAAAAACGAGUUGACGGUCAUAUUCAUUCACUCAUAGAUGAAUUUAUCAACCUUCCUUUCACAAAGAAUGAAAAUGAAUAUUUUGCCAUCCAUAGGAAUAUUGAACAAUUGACUGAACUGAUUUGUGCAGAGAUUGUACCAUCUAAUGAUAUCCUUACAUCAAAAACUUCAAGCUUACUGCAUAAGUUCUUUACUGAUACAAAUCAUGAGUUUACCGAAGAACACUGGGAUGCUGUAACAAAGUGGCGUUUUGAAAGCUUGCGUGUGUGUUCAGGGAAUAUACUAACAGAUGUUCUCUUCCACAUUCAUGAUAAUUUACCAAAAAGGACAUAUAGUUUAGCAAAGCAUGCUGAAACGUUAAUUGGUCCUGAGGGUCUGAUUAUAGCAGUUCUUAAAAACCAAAUAAGUAACCAGGAGAACUGGACUGCUGAUAGUGUGAAAACGUCUGUGCUACUAGUCAGGAUAAUGUCAUAUCUGACAGUGUAUUUACUUCAAAAUACUAAGAAAUGUACACCAAACAUGGAUAAAGAUCUUAUUGCUGAAACACUUAUGGAACUUCUUAUGAAUGGUGUGCCUAAGGAAUGUGAUUUUUUUUACAAUAUGGCAGUGGAGCCAGCUUUAAGGACUUUAGCUCAUCUCUUCUAUCACAACCCAGAUAUGGAUUUUUCACUGUCAAAUGCCAUCAGUAUAGCUCGGCAUUUUAUUCUCUAUGGCUUGAGUAUAAGAUACACAAAACCUGACAAGUUGACACCAAUAGAACAUGCAAAUGUUAUCGAACCUGUUAAAAUUAUCCCUAAAGCAGGAAAGAAACAAAAAUUAAGAAAGCCAAGAAAUAACGCAAUUGAAAGGUUAAAGAAAGAAGCAUCUGACCCCAGUGCGAUGAAAGAAGUAGAACAGUUUAACAGUGACUUAGUUUAUGAGCCAACAAAUAAAAACUUUUUGGACCCACCACAGUUUGUUUUAGAUUCUGAAACAUCUACCAACUUUAGUUUUGAAUUGAAAUUCAGACCUGAAGUGAUGGAACUCAAACCUUUAAUAAGACAGUAUGCUUCAAAAUUAUUUUUAGUUAUUAUAAAGGUGAAAGGUAAAAGAAAAAUCUUUCCAUAUUGGUGGAAAUUUAUGCCUAAUAAUCCUGAACCUCAAUAUUGGUUCAAUACUGAAAAUGGCAAGAAGUCUCUUAUCUUUGCUGCACUUUCUGAUUCCGUACCUAAAGGUCGUAGCAGUGCUUUGGGUGUUGUACUCACAUUAUUGUCUGGUUCAAGGCCAUAUUUAGCACAAGCAGAGACAAGUGACAGAACUACAUCAGUAGUACCAUUCCCAGUUACUCUGGGGUAUAUGGUAACAUGUAUACAUAAUGCACUGAUUUAUGUUCUGACGAUGGAGAAGUGCGAGGGUGUGGCCAUAAUGGCUUUAAAAUGCACCGCAGCUCUGGCACAAGCCACACCUUACCAUAAACUACAGCCAGGACUAAUUGAAGGCUUGAUUAGAUGUAUUAAGAAGUUUAUCAAACAAAAAGAUAUAAAUAUUCAACUAGGUUCUUUAGUAGCUAUUGGAUCUAUGAUAUCAGUGGAUCCGAAAGUAGAUGAAGUACUGAGAGUGUUGAAGGAUGAUGGACCUGAUGGUAAACCGGAGAACCCAAAAAGCAAACCUGCCAAUGAACCUGAAUGUGAGGACUUUGAAGAAUCGUACCCAGAUGAUGAUCUGGUGGUGAAUACAGAAACAGACGCAUCUUUAGUUAAAGAGAAGUUCGAUAAACCUUUGCGAUUAACAAGUUGGGUUCUUGCUAUAUGUUUUAAAAAUUUCGGCAUCGUGUUUGAAAAGGAUCAAAUAAUGAACUGUCCGCUGCCUCCCAUGCCAGUGAUAUUAGAGACACUACAAGUGCUGUCAGCUAUCGCUUUCCACUACUUAGGAGAGUUACUGAGACCACAUCUAGUGAUGGUGACUGAGUUGUUGAGUGACAUGUUGCGUAUUAACCAUCCAGAUCUAACACUACAGUGUGCUAAGACCAUCAGUGUUAUCGCUGAUGGCAUGCAGAAGUUGGAGAGCAGCUCGCACGCGCUGCGGAUGAAGGAGCGGCUGUACGUGUGGGAGCGGCUGCUGGGCCCGCUGUGCGGCGUGCUGCAGGCGCACGAGAACCCCAGCGCCAAGGCCGUCGUCUGCGACUGCAUCGCCAACAUCGGGGAGAAGUGCUUCAAGGAGAUGCUCCGGCCGCAGCAGCUGCUGUGCUGCGCGCUGCUGAUAGGGUCGUGCAGCGACGAGCAGCCUGCCGUGCGCGCCGCCGCCGUGCGCGCGCUCGCCAUGGCCGUCAUGUACCGCACGCUCAGAGAGGAUAUCAGUUUCGUGAGCGACUGCGCGGAGAACAUCCUGCGCGCGCUGGCGGAGCCAACGCUGCAGGUGCGCGCCAAGGCCGCCUGGGCGCUCGCCAACAUGAGCGACGCGCUCGUACUCAACACAGAGGUGCCGGAGCUGGACAGCAUCAGUGACGAACUGCUGGUGCGUCUGCUGAAGGCCAGCGUCGCCAGCGCCUUAGAUAAUGACAAGGUGAAAAUGAGUGCAAUGCGUAGUAUAGGCAACUUGCUGCGUAUACUAACUCGCGAGAACUUGUCGCACAACGGCGCGCUGAAGCCGCUGUUCGAUACUGCCGUCAGCCGGCUGCUGAGCUGCGCCAGUCACGGCGCCAGUAUGAAAGUGCGCUGGAAUGCUUGCUACGCCCUCGGCAACGCUAUGAAGAACGAAUGUCUUUUUGUAUGCUUUCAAGGAUGGCAGGAGCAAGUGAUCCCGGAGCUGUGCAAGUUGGCGCAGAGUGCGAAGAACAUAAAGGUGCGUAUAACGGCGGCGGUGGCGCUGCGGUCGUGCGCGCGGCGCCACCAGCUGGGCACGCUGCUGGCCGCGCUGUGGCGCGGACUGGCGCAGGCGCUGGACAGCGCGGCGCAUCUCGACGACUUCACUGAAUACAAGCAUAAAGACAACCUCGCUGAACAGUUAUGCGUGACUCUCGCCCACAUAUGUUGCCUCCUGGAGUCGUCUGAUUUAGCCGAUAUCCUAGACCCCCUCUCAUACCACGGAGAGACUGCGAAGACGAUGUUCGCGGAGGUGUACCACAAACUGCCGCCUGAAGAUGCGUCCUGUCUCAAGAUACUGCAAGCCGCUAAAUACGUCAACAUGGAUCUCGUCGCAGAGAAUGAAACACAAGCGCGAGCUUUGAAUAUGCUGAAGAAUAUGUUUUUGUUAGAAGUGUAAAUGGCCAUCAAAAUGUCAUAUCAACAAUUUUCGAUACAAAAACUUGAUCGAAUUGGUUUCAAACUUUAAGGAAUGGGAAAUUACAAAAAAGUAACAUAUAUAGUCAUAAUAUUCAACUAUGAACAAACCUAUUAUUCAAUUCGUUAUUAUUUUGUCUCGUACAAUUAAAUAUAUAAUAUUGAUUACAUAAGGCUAUAUAAUUAAGUAAAUAACACUCCCGCAUAAAACACUUUCUGCGUAGUAAUUUUCAUAUUUACUUUAAUCUUUGUAAGACUUUAAUAUUGGUGUCCGGUAUUUAAAUAUCUAAGUAAAAAUAAAUUAUUUUAGCCAUAAGUUAGUGGUGUACAACCCGUGAACGAUAACAUAAGACCUGAAGUUUAUGACGUCACGCACAUAGAUAGCAAGCGUAUAUGCGUUGUUACACUAUGUAUGUUCCAUUUUUAGUAGCUACUAAAGAAACAUUUUUAAUUUUGAUGCUAUUUAUAUAUUUUUUUCUGUAUAAAAGUGUUUCAUUUAGUUUCUCAUUUUAUAUGAUUUGUUUACAUUUCUUGAUUAUUUCAUUUAUCAUUUUAUUUUUAGUGAUACUAAAUUAUUGACGUAGUAAAAAAAGAAAAAAAAUAUAUUCCUUGUAGGUGAUGGAAUUGAUUGGUCUAUGAAAUGGAAUGGAUUACGAGAAAAAAUAUUAUGACGUCACAGCCAAAUUCAAAAUGGCGGUUAUGAUAAAUGUUGUGAAAUAAAAGUGAACAGGGAUUUAUUUUAAGUAUGUAAAUAAAAAGAGAAUCUUAAUUAGUUUUAUUUAUAUCUCAACGGACAUUUUGUUUGGUAUUGUUUAUUUCUUGUAUAUUUAGUUAAAAGUGGCUGACCCCGAUGUUAUCAAGAUAUGCUAAUAACAGGAAGUAAUUUACAAUUUAAUGGUGUUCAAUUUAAAUAUCCGUAACGCAUCCAGCAUUUGAAAUAAAUAUAUUAGUGUUUUAUUCAUCAAUUUAUUCUCAUAUAACUUAUUAAGUAGUAUUAUACUGUAACUAUUUAUUAUAGAAUUAUAAAAAUAAAAAUAG